UCAUUCGUAAAAAAAACAAUUACUCACUAAUUUAACAAUAUAUAUUGACAAGUGCUUCUGGGUUCUUGAGUAGUUCUGUUGCAUGGAUAUGAGUUCGAAGUUCGUGGAUCGACGAGCAAGGCAAGGAAUCUCAAAUGAUUCCGAGACCAGUAAGUCUCCGAAAUAUUCAUCAUCUAAUUCUUCGAAUAAUAGGGGAAAUCUCUCCAGCGACACAACUAAUUUUAACGGCGGCAUGACGAAAGAAUAUAAUAAGGUAAAGCAAGCGGAAGAGUCGCUUAGAAUUAUUAUGUACAUAAGCUGUUGGGCUCCCAAUUGAAUGGAUGACGACCAUGUUGAUUAUGCAUAGUGGCGCGAGUGAUAGAUCGACCAAUCUAUAUGUAAAUUUCGAGUUCUUGCAAUCUAUUUGUAACUUGUAAUUGUAACAACACCAACAAAAAAAAAAUGUUCUCUCUGCAAUGGUUCCCCUGGAAUUAUGUAUAUGCUUACAUUACUUGUAAAUCCUAAUCUCUAAUUGGGAUUUAACCAUCCUAAUCAUGCACUUUCACAAGUCCUGUUUGUAGAUUAUGUGCAAAGGUAUACCAAAAUAAUAAUAAAAAAGACUCGAUACAAAUCAAUUUACCAAAAUAAUUAUUAUUAUAACAAAUCACCCCCCACAACGCCGGAUUCGGCGUUAGGUUCGGUCAUCGGAAUUCGUCGUACAAUGCUUAUUGAAAAACACGGUUUUCAUAAAUUUUCGACACUAAUGAUAAGUUCGAGUGACUUUAGUGGAUUCUGCGACCGCCACGAAGCCUCUAGAAUGUACUUGUAAACAAAAUGAUUGUUUCUAUUGGAUGGUUGAAUUAUAUUUGGGAUUUUAAUCAAUUACACAUUUAAUGAUCAUUGAAAGAUUUUGAUGCAUCAUGAUGAUGAUGAUUACUAGAGAUCUAUAUUUGUUCAAUCACACGCUUCAUCUCAAAACAAGGUUUCAAAAUCCACCGAAUCAAAGAAAUUGCGUUCUCAAUUUGCUUGUAUAUGUUAUUUUGUAUGUGUAUGAGAUCAUGUUGAAGAUUGUUGCUAACAAGGUUUAGACAAAAGAUUUGAUGCAAUGCCUCUCUCUACCUUUCCUCUCUCUACCUUUUCUCUCAACCCUCCUCGUGAGGCUAGCCACUUCCUCAAUGGAACUAAAUGCAAUUUUCAACCGAUUCAUGUAUCUCCACCUACUGAGAAUCCAAAGCAGAUUGGUAGUGGAUUUAAUUCCAUCUUUUCUCCAUUGAUCGAGAGUGGGAAGCUGAAGGGAAAGGACUAUGGAGCCCCAAAAACAUUUAUCCCUCUGUUGCAAUCUCAGAAGCAUUCAAGGAGAGAUGGGAUGCAUACCAAAUUCAUCCUCUCACCAUUUAUGAAGAUGUUCUUCUGCUGGAAGGAAAGAUGGAUAUUCAAUGAGUUGUCCCAUCUGCUGAUUAUCUUAGUUCUGAGUACAGGGGUGGAAAGCAAUCUCCUCUGCUACCUCUUUAUGACUAUGAACAAGGUAGAUGGCAUUUACUCACCAGAUCCCAAUUACCCAAGGCCUUGCAAUAAACUCAUACCGUCAGAAACAAAAAUUCAAGCAUAUAUCUACGAGAAGAGGGAGGGUUUCACUCUUAUUCUUCAACCCCAAACAAAAACCCAGGCUUCCCCUCUCUGUUUCUACUCCCCUGUUUUUCUUGGAAAUCCAAAAGCACUAAACAAAAUGGCUGGUAUUGGCAUCUCCGACCUGCUGAAAAAGACAGAAUCACUCAGUGUUUCCGAUUCCCUCCUCCGAUUCAAACCAAAAAGAGGGCCGGCAGAAAGAAAGAGGAGUGAAAUACUGGUGGGAAAGCUCAUAUGUGAGAAGAAGUAUAAUGCUGGAGGCAUGGAUAUGCUAAUAGCAAGGAACUGGAGAGAUGUGAAGAAGCCAACAGUUGUUCAGAUUGAUAUCAAUACCUUUGUUAUCACGUUCUGCUCCCCAGAAGACAAGGAGAAGAUAUGGGAAGCAAGACCUUGGAAGAUUGCAGACACUCUACUCGUUCUUAAAGAGUGGACUGAACAAGGUAAAGUCAGAACUGACAGCUUGGAUUUCAAUAGAUCCAGAAUCUGGAUCCAGAUCCAUGACUUUCCGAGCGACUUGAGGACGGAGGAAAAUGUGGCUCUUCCCCUAGGUGAAAUUUUCAAGGAGCUGAUUAGGGGUGACGAAUCUGGGGUGGCAGAGGGGAUAUACAUGAAUUUUAUUAGAGUGCUGGUUGUCCUUGAUAUCUCCGAGCCCCUUCCCCCUGGUUUCUAUAUUGAAAUUGAAGAAGGAAAAGAGCACUGGGUUGAAUUCAAGUACGAAAGGCUCCCAUCUAACUGCUGCUACUGUUGUGGGCGUAUUGGACAUACCCAACUGGUGUGCAAACACCCUGAAGAAUACAUUGAAGGCCGAUAUGGAGACUGGAUCAGGGCUGGCCCUCACUCCCCAGCAUCUCCAUUCUCUGCUGUCUACAAAAUAAACACUCCAGGGACAGCAGAGAGUAAGACGGCCGACAACUUCAGUCAGGCCAUCGGUGGAAGGACGGCAGCUUCUUACCUCGACGGUCGUCUCUCCGGCGGGCGUGGAUUCCAAAGAAAGGACAGAGGAGGGAAGGUCACUGACAACUACCGCAGUAAUCUUCCAUCACCAACGGCUCUCAUGGCAGGUGUUGACAGUGGAAACUCGGGGCCCCCUCCAGGCUUUGUAGGUGGGAAAGCGGUUGAGAAGGAGGGAAUCCCAAUUACAAUGAAGCAGACUGGAGAUUUCUCACCUUUCAAGCCGCGUUCCCUUUUCCACGAGGAAGAACAGGGAGAGAGAGGGGGGAACAGUCAGCAAGUGGAGAGGGGUCAGGGUUCGGGUAGUCAAACCUAUCAACACAUGGGAAUGGGCCAAGCUAUUGGAGCCCAAACCUUUCAACCCUUUUUUCCUUUGGGCCAAACAAGCUUCUUCCCUAGCCCUAAUUAUCUUCAGAUGGCCCAAGAGAGUUAUAUGAUGGGGCAAGCCCAGCAACCUUUUGUGUUGUGGGACAAUAAGCAGAUGGAGGCCCAAUUUUUGAGUCCUUGGGGCUUGAGGGCUCAAGAGCCAAGAAAGAAGUUAAAAGUCAAUCGUAAAAGGAAGCCUACUGCACUGUCAAUGGUUCCUGAUUAUGAAAUGGAGGUUGCAGGUUUUGAUCAUGAAGUUACUGAUGAAGGAAAUGAAUCGGGAAAGGAGAAGGUGGCGCUCCAUAAGCCACCAAAGGAGCCAUGACAAUCUUAUGUUGGAACUGUCGUGGUCUUGGCACAGAUACGGCAGUUAAAUAUCUUAGGGAUAUGCACUUAUCUUUUAGGCCUUGUAUUACUUUUCUUAUGGAAACGAAACAACAAGAAAAUGUGUUAGAAGUUGAAAGGAGGAGGGCCAAAUUUUACAACAAAUGGUACCAAAAUCC